AUGGAUAGCUCCAAGGUCAUUAACAUUAUUUUAGCUUUAUUCUUACCACCUGUCUCUGUCUACUUAGCCAGAGGUUGGGGUAGAGAAUGUAUCAUCGAUUUAGUCUUAACUAUCUGUAUCUUCUUCCCAGGUAUGUUGUACGCUUUGUACAUCAUCUUGCAAGAUUAG